GGGUCAUGGGAUUGGGGCAGGGGUGUAAGGAGGGGGCCUGGCUCCUUUGUAGAGUCUGUGAGUCCUUGCUGUGCAGAGUUCAGGGAACUCCUGACAUGGUUGCCUGUGAGUUGCCGCUGUGCUGCAAAGGAAAGAAGCGUCUUCUUCCCACCAACCUCCCAGCCCCUGUUUACUGCAGGCAGAAAACUAGAAAUGUGAGCUGACUGAGUUAGACCCAGGAGAGGGUGGAGGACCCGGGUGGGUGUGAAAUGUAGAGGGGUCAGAGGUUAUCUGGCUUCUGUCCAUGGCCCUAGGCCUUUGUAAGAUUCUCUCGUAGCUGUGGCCCUGUGCAUUUUCUCCCUCCAACCUAGAAUGGACUGACUGGAGGAAAUGUGAAGGUGGGGUCAGACACGAGGUAAGUGGCGCCCCCCCCACUCCCUACUCACCCCAACAGGGUCUUACUGAGGGCCUUGGCUGGGCAGCUAGGGAUUAGAGGUCCAGUGCAAGCAGUAAUAGAAAAAGGGCAGGGCCUGCCCCAUCACCUGGAUUCCAGAGAUGCCAGUGAACCCUAAGGUCCCAGGGCCCACCCAGGACUGGAUCCUGAUGUGGAAUGAUAGAACUGGGAAGAAGGAAAAAGGAAGGGGGGCAGGGCCAUGACACAGUAAACUGGCUUGAUGGCUGGGCAUCAGAACUCUUGGGCAGGUGUCCUGGCUUAUUCCACACAUCCUGAUACCCUGGGACCCGGUACAGAGUGAACCUACAGAGAAUUACAGAACUGGAGAGGACACUGAUGACCAUUUAUUUUGGCCAUUUAUUUGAUUUGAGGUGGAAGAGCCUGAAACCCCCAGAAGGUGUCUGAUAUGGUUACUUUGGAAUCUGUCCCAGCCAUGAUGCCAGUUGCUGGUCGAGACACAACAGCUGUGUGUCUUUUUGCAGGAGCCUGGGGAGGGGCCAUGUUGCCGAGCCAGCUGUGGGGGAGACUGGAGAAGCCACUUCUCUACCUGUGCUGUGCCUCCUUCUUCCUGGGGCUGGCUUUGCUGGGCAUACAGCCGGACACCGUCCCUGUUGCUUAUUUCUUUCUGGCCUUGGGUGGCUUCUUCAUGUUUGCCUGCCUGCUGGCCCGUUUUCUGGAACGGGUGUUCCAAUCAGUGCAGCCGGAGAGCCCAGGGGCCUCAGGCAAUGCUCGGGACAAUGAAGCCUUUGAGGUGCCACCCUAUGAAGAGGCCGUGGUGUUGGAAUCACAGUGCCGCCCCCAAGAGUUGGAUCAACCACCUCCCUACAGCAGUGUGGUAAUCUCCCCAGGUCUUGUGGAGGGACAGCCUGACCAUCCAGAGGGGCCCAGGAGAGCCAGAGUGGAAAGGCGAGUGGGCUCAGAGGGGUCUAUGGCCCCAGGAAGUGCUGGGAGAGCUCCCAUCAGCCUUCGGCUUCGGGGACCACGAGUUGCGUCCACUGCUCUUGAUCUGCAGAGCUUGGGCAUGCUCCCCAAAUUGGAGUCGCUCCCCAGAUUGGAGCCUCUCACUCCGCCGCCUGACUAUGAUGUCAGCUUCAGUCACCCUGAUGAUGAGAAUGUUUUUUAUGAAGACAACUGGACACCCCCCUAACAGACUUUCCCAGGACAUAUCAUCUCUCUGCACCAGACCCACUCAUUCAUUUGACCACUUUUCCCAGUGCCUGCUACGUAUCAGGAACUGGACAUCACCAACGGGGAUUUUAACCCAGAGGGGAGUUAGGCUAAGGUAAGCCCUUCUCAGUUGAGAUGCAGGUGGUACAAUUUGAAUUUUUCAGGUGACAUUCAGAAACCUAACCCAUAAUCGUUAUUUUCAGAGUUAGACUGAGGGUGAGAUGAGGCAAUGAUCCAGAGAAUCCGGAGAAGAAAGAAAAGAAACAACACCUGAGUGAGGUUGUGUUGCCUCUGCUCUGGGUGCUUUGCCUCCAUUAGAUCACUUACGACUUCCCAGCCUCGUAGGGUAAAAUCACCCUCAUUUGGAAAAUGCGGGUUCCAAGGGUCAGAGAAGUUUGAUUAUUUGCACAGGAGCACAGGGCUAGUAAACAGGAUAAAAAUAACUUGAACUCUGCUCUUCUGAUCCGAAAGCCUAUGAUGUUCUCAAAACAAGGUAGGCAGGCCAUCGGCACAUCUCUCGGUCUGUCUCAGGCAACUGCUGGUGAGGGAUGGUAGACAGAGUGGGGGACCAGUUGUGUCUGCGGACAGGGUGGGCUGAGAGUGAUCAGGCGUGUGCCCAGCCUCCCGGAGGCACAAGGCUAGUCAAAGCUGUGCUAACCCCUGCUCCACGCGGGAAGCAGCUCUGGCCCAAGGGCUGGAGAGCAGUGCCCCACGAAGGGCCCCCAUCCUACGGGAAGCGGGGGAGUAAAACUGCCCCAUGGUUACGGUCUCCCCGUCUCGAGGAUGGGUGGAGAGGUGGAUCAGCAAGGAUAAAGCGUGAGCUUCUCGGCAGAGGUGGGGGAGUAUCUAAGGAUACUCUUGCGUCAUCCAAUGUGAAGGCUGGAAUCAAUCGCACUGACUCUCAUCGCUUCAGCCUCACCCCUGCACUCUCAACUGCUGGAGUUUCACAUCAGCCCGGCCCUGCUUCCUCACAUGUCUGGCACAAGCAUGUCAAACUCGCGGCCCGCAUGCCUCGUUUAUUCGGCCCGUGUGAGACUGGAAUCAUGUACCGGGCUGCGGUGUAGGUUUGAGCCGCUGGGAGUUGCUCAACCACCGCUGACCUACCCUCCUCUUCGGGGCGCGCCCACACCGGCCUCCAGUCACUGAGCGGGUAGCGGUCUGGCGCCUCCUAGUGUUCGCUUCCUUCCUCUCGCCCGAACAUUUCAAUAAAGUACAGAGUCCGGCCA